CGAAAUAACCUCCAAAAUGAACCGUAAAUUACUACUUCGAUGUUUACAUUUGUAAUUAAUUAAAAAAAAAAUGUCUACACUGGUUUUGAUUUCGUUGCACCUGAGAGGUCAUAAUUUUAAUAUAUUGAGAACAUUGUCGUACUCCUCACAGCCUAAACGUGACUUUAAAAAAGACCUUUGUAAAGUGGUUAACGUUGCAAUCAUAGGAGCUCCAAAUGCUGGAAAAAGUACUCUAAUUAAUAAAAUUACUGAGCGAAAGAUAUGUGCAGCUUCCAAUAAAGUACAUACUACUACAAAGUUAGUGAGGGCAAUCUGUUUUGAGAACGACACACAAAUUGUAUUUUUGGACACACCAGGCAUAGUAACUGAGAAAGAACAAAAAAAGUAUAACUUGCCAGAUUCCAUGCUUGCAGCUUGUCAGAAGAGUUUAAGGUGUGCCGAUGUUAUUGGAGUAGUCCAUGACAUAUCUAAUAAAUGGACGAAGGACAGUCUACACAAUGAUGUCAUUAAUAUGUUAGAAAUGGUUGAAAAUAUACCAAGCUUUUUGAUUAUUAAUAAGGUUGAUAUGCUGAAAUCUAAAAAACAGUUAUUAUCAAUAAUUAGAAAUCUUACAAAUGGUGCUAUCGCCGGAAAUCCAAUACCAAAUGCAAAUAAAUACAAAAAAAUUGAAGAAAGAGGUUAUAGUCAUUUCUCUGAUGUGUUCUUGGUGUCAGCACUGAAUGGUGAUGGUGUAAGUGACAUAAAGAAAUAUCUCAUAGAAAAUUCAAAAACUCGAUCUUUACAUUACUCUUCGUCCGAAUGGUCUGACCAAACACCUGAAAUAUUAAUAGAAGAAGCGGUGCGAGCGAAGUUUUUAGACUUCCUAGCGCAAGAGAUUCCAUACAACUUGAAAACGCAGCUAGAAUAUUUCGAUGAUGCAAAACAUGACGAUAAAAUUAUUUGUUCAGUUUCCGUAGAAUGCCCCACAGACAGACUCGCUAGGUUGAUAAGCGGUGCAGGUGGAGGAAGGCUACAGCAGAUAAAGUCACAUGUAAGAAAUGAUCUAAUUGACAUGUUUAAGAAGACUGUAGUUAUAGAUAUCCGAUUAAAAGUGAAAAGUAAAGCGCCUUCGGAAGAAUCAUUAAGAUUUUAGAAUAGGUGUAUAAUUGUUCUGUUUCGUUUAUUAUAAGCAAUCAAUAAAUAGGAAAUACUAAGCAAU